AUGUGGAUUGAGAUUUUAGUGCAAAAAGAUGGGAAGAAACUGCUGACCCUCUGGACCCUGCUAUGUGGUGGUGUUAUUGUUCUCCUUUGGGGCUUUUUCAGUUUUCCCAGAAGAUUUGGAGCCACCAGAAUCAUCAGAAAUAAGACGUGCGAAGAUGAAGCAAAGAUAUGCAUGAAUUCUUGGCAUAAAAUUAAUAAGAACUGCUUCUUUCUUUUUCAACAUAAAAAUGCAUGGCUCUCUGCACAGGAGAACUGUCAACGCUAUGAAGCAAACCUGGCUAAGUUCGACACCAAGAUGGAACUGGAAGCUUUGAUGAGCCACGUGGAGACACUACGAUCUUCAUUUUGGAUUGGACUGAACAGACGAAAUUUUCGCAAAUUCUGGGUCUGGGCAGAUGAAAGUAUAUACAAUAACUUGAAGAAAGUCCAAGAUCACGGUGAUUGCGCCUUCUUACAUAAAAAUGGUAUAGACAGUACCAAUUGUGAUGACCUAAGAGAUUAUAUUUGUAGCAAAGUAGGCCAGUGCCCUUGAAGAAGUCUUCCAUCCAAAAGAAAAUGAAGAUCAGUAUCUUGUUUUAUGCAUGUUAUACCGACGGUGAUG